AUGAAAACCUACGAUGCAUCCGAACAAUGCGCAGAUGAAACUAAUUGUAAACAAAAUAAAAAUAGAUAUAGUAAAGAAAUAAAUGAAUUGACUGCAAAGAUAAAUGCUCAAUUAAAAAUCUCAAACGAAAACUAUAAACCAUGCUAUACCACAAAUUGCAGUUGUCAUAAAUCUGUUAUUGAUGAAGAUUUGUCAGUUUUCAAAAAUGGAAUUUUAAAGGAGCAAUUUGAUAUAGCUGCAUUGAAGGGUACAAAAUAUCAGAUUAUUGAUGGCAGUGUAUAUAGACAAAGGGACUGUCACUUCCCAUCCAGGUGUGCCGGAAUAGAACAUUAUUUAGUUGCAUUGGCACCUAAAUUACCAGACAUGGAACUCAUUAUAAAUACCAGAGACUGGCCACAAAUAAACAAAGCAUGGGGCCAUAAGAAAGCACCAGUAUUUUCUUUCAGUAAGACUAAAGAUUAUUACGAUGUUAUGUAUCCUGCAUGGAGUUUCUGGGAAGGAGGGCCAGCUAUAUCCCUGUAUCCAACAGGAAUUGGUCGUUGGGAUAAGCACAGGCAGUCUAUAUCUGCAGCUGCUGAAAAAUGGCCAUGGGAUAGAAAAGAAGCACAAGCAUUUUUCAGAGGGUCAAGAACAAGUGAAGAGAGAGAUACCCUGAUUUUAUUAUCUCGGUCUAGACCUGACCUUGUUAAUGCACAGUAUACUAAGAACCAGGCUUGGAAAUCAGAUGUGGAUACACUUUAUGCACCUCCAGCACCAGAAGUCUCAUUUGAGGAUCAUUGCAAAUAUAAAUAUCUUUUCAACUAUAGAGCCCUGGAUACAUUACAUUCCAAU